CUGCCCACCACCCUCCCCGCCCACUCCCCCUCUGUGCGGCAUGCAUUCCUGGGUGAGGCCGCCAGGGAGGAGGGGGUGACCCUUUCUUGAGACUCCUCCCUGCUCGCCACUGCCCCAGACCACGGGCCCCUAUACCGUCUGAUUGUUGUGUUGACAUACUCACCUUCUUCGGUUCAAUAGAGUAACAAUGGCUUUCCUCAAGGUCGUUAAGAACAAGGCCUACUUCAAGCGCUUCCAGACUCAGUACCGUCGCCGCCGCGAUGGCAAGACUGACUACUACGCUCGUCAGCGCCUUGUCAACCAGGACAAGAACAAGUAUGCUUCCCCCAAGUACCGCUUCGUCGUCCGCAUCACCAACAACGACAUCAUUGCCCAGUUCAUCUACUCCAAGAUCGAGGGUGACUACGUCGUCUCUUCUGCCUACGCUCAUGAGCUCAAGAACUUCGGCAUCACUGUCGGCCUGACCAACUACGCCGCCGCCUACGCCGUCGGUCUGCUGGCUGCCCGCCGCCUGCUCACCAAGCUCAACCUCGCCUCCAUCUACGAGGGUACCACCGAGGUCGAUGGCGAGGUCUACAACGUCGAGGAGAUCGACGGUCAGCCCCGCCCCUUCCGCGCCUACCUUGAUACCGGUCUUGCCCGCACCACCACCGGUGCUCGUAUCUUCGGUGUCAUGAAGGGUGCCGUCGAUGGUGGUGUUGCCAUCCCCCACUCCGAGAAGCGCCUGCCCGGCUUCGACGUCGAGUCCGGUGAGUUCGACGCUGAGGUCCUCCGCAAGCGCAUCUUCGGUGAGCACGUCGCCGAGUACAUGGAGCUCCUCAAGGACGAGGACGAGGAGGCUUACAAGAAGCAGUUCUCCCGCUUCAUCAAGGCCGGCCUCACCGCCGAGAGCCUGCCCGAGGUCUACAAGAAGGCUCAUGCCCUCAUCCGUGCCGACCCCGUCCACAAGGCCAAGCCCGCUCGCACUGUCGAGAACAAGCGCUGGACCGACAAGAAGCUCACCUACGACGAGCGCCGCGCCCGCAUCGAGGCCAAGAAGGCUGCCUUCUUCGCUUCCCUCGAGGACGAGGAGUAAGUAUUCCCUACUCUUUUCCACUCCGCAUUUCCUCCGCGCCAUCUCCGUCGUGCUUUCUUGGCUGGCGGCCCCCCUACGCAUGUCUGCCCGGUGGCGGGGUUUCCUCCUCCCCCUUCUGCGGCGUAGCGUCAUCAUAUUUUGCCCUUCGAGAUGGCGCGCGUGCGUCCCCUUGUGUGUGCGCCGCGUGUGUAUGCGCACCGUGUGCCGUCGUGUGCGUGUGCUCCCUCCUGCCUCCUUGUGUGUGGAGAGCCCGUGUGUCGCCCCCCAGGCCUCGGCCUCUCUCUCCUACCACCACCCCACCCCCCUCCCCUGGUGGCUGGCCCGGAGGGCAAGCAUGCGUGUCGCGCCAGUGCAAAUCAAUACACCAAGCCUCUCUUC